AUGAAAAAUGCACAUGCAAAAUUUGACUAAGUGAGAUUGAUACAGUCCUAUGAGUAUGUCUUGAAGUAAUUCGGCUUAGAUCCAUUGAAUGAUUCUCAUUUCUACAAAAUCCUAAUGGAAAUUGAAAAUUAUAGAGCAAAUUAGGUGCAAAUUUAGUAGCAACCUUAAUUUAACAAAUCAAAGUAAAUGUCUAGACAGGCAUCUUAAGCUUCUAAUAUUAGUUUAUAAGUAGACUAACAGAACUUGAUGUUAGCAGACUAGAAUUAUAGUAAAUGUCUAAAAGCUAAAACCUUCUUUAGUUUGGUACAAAAUAUGGUAAGCAAUCAAAUUAGUAAACUCGAGAGUACCAUUCAGCAUCGAGAGUCAAAUGUACAGAGAAAUCAACCAAUAAAGCAAAGUACGCUUUCGUCCAAUAAAUCAAGUGAAAACCUAAAUAAAAGGCGAAAGAAUAGUCAGUAAAGAGACAAGGAAAACAUGAUGAAGACAUCCAAGCAGACCUCAGGAAGGUAAACAUAGAGAUCUAAUAAUAAUCAAUCGCCCUUGAAUGAAGUUAACCUAAAUAAUCAUAACAUUAAUGCAGUAAUUGAUGAAUAUCAGGUAAUCCAAUAUAAGAACCCGAAACUCAUGAAAAAUGUAGUUUCUUAACAAGACCUAAUUCAAAUGCAGAGAAAUUCAACUAAGAGUAGCUUUUAGGAUGAUAAGUAAAUAACCCAGCCUAGUAGUAUUUAACAUACAUCUCAUACUAAUUUCUAGAACUUUGAUCAUAGCUCAUCUGAGUUCACCAUCAAAGAUAAAUCUUUGAACUUCACCUAGUAAAAUUCAAACAGACAACUUAAUACACAGAGAAUAAUGAAUUAAAGUCAGUCUACUUCUGCACUCUAUUCUAACAAGCAAAUUAUUGGAGAUAAAAGUAAGUUUAAUACUAAAAGCAAAAAAUGUACCAAUACAGACUACAAACUGCUGCUUAAGACUAUGAGAUGCUGGAAGUAAUAUAUCAAAAUAGAGAAAAGGAUGAAGGCUUAUGAAGAGAAGUCCAUUGAAUCUUGGGCUCUAAGUAUUCACUACUAUGAGUAAACAUUGAUAACAAAGUCAUUUCUUUGCUUACAGAGAAAUAUGAUAAGUAAAUAGAUUGAUAAAAAGGGUUUAAGAGUAUAAAAAGAAGUUGUAUAGCAAAGAGCCUUGAAAAAAUUCUUCAAAAAGUGGUAAUCAUCUUAUGAUACAGUCUCUAAAAGAAGAAAUUAGAUGUUUAAGGCUUUAAAUCACUGGGGAAAUAAAAUAUAAGGCAAAGUCAUCAAGAGAAUUAGAAACUAUCUAAUGCAGGAUAAGCAUGCAAGAUUAGUCAAUCUCGAUAAAUAUCUUAAUAAGCCAUCAGCUAUUUAUCAUAUCCUAACCUUUACAAAGAUUAAUCUUCUUUAAGAAUGGACCUAAUAAUAGUAGCUUCAAACUGUAUUGAAUGAUAAUGUAAAAGCUAGAUUCUAAGAUUUCACUCCUUAUAUUGCAAAGUCAGUUGAAAAUUUGUAUCUGAGAAGAUACUUUGAAAACCUGGUGAUGAAUAAGGAAAGAGGAGUAAGUUAUAGAAUCAGAGCAGAUAUGAAUUUCAAGCAGAGGGCUUUUAAGAAACUCAGACAAGCCUAUACUAAAAUUAAUACUGUGAGCAGAAUAGGAGGAAUAGUAGAAUAUAAUCAUAGUUAAAGAUUAGUCUGGACUUACUUUGGCUAAUGGCUUGGAAAAACUACUAAUAAGAUCUUGAACAGUUAGAAGAUGGACUAAGCAGAAGGAUUUCAUUAAAGAAACCUGAAACAAAAGUCAAUUUAGGGUUUCCUACUUUACUUGAAUAAAAAGCAUUAGACUUAAUCUUAAUUAAAGCAAUCAGUCCGAAGUUCUUUAAGCAAAGCUAUUAGACAAACUUUUCAAGGUUGGAAGUUUGUGACCCUUUACAAUAGAAAGUUUAGGCAUUUGCUAUUGGAAGGCAGAAAGAUUCAGACCUUUGGCUUGAAGAGUCAUUACUUUAUGAUUUGGAUUAAAACUGCUAUCGUUGUCUGCAAAGCAAGAAUGUAUGAGGAGUAAAGUUUGAAGAAAAGAGCUAUUCAAGGCUUCCAAAGAUUCAUUGAGCACUAAGAAAACCAAAGAAUGCAUGAGGAGGAGGUAGCCGAGUAAUUCAGACUUAGGAUGUAGAGGAAAAUAUAUUCUGAGUGGCUAAGCUUUACAAGCUAGGCUUAGACUGAGAGAAAUCUAAGAAGAACAGUGUUCAAAUAUAUGUAAGAAACUAAAAUGAGGCAAAUUAUUAAGAGAUGGAGGGAUUAGAAUAUGAAAAAUAAAAAUUUAGAAGAGAUUGGAAACAAAACUCAGACAUUUUCAAAGGUCAAGAAUCUCAAGUAAAUCUUUCAAGCAAUGAAGAAUCUGACUGAGACAAAAAGAACUGCUUUUGAAAAAUAUGAUAUCCUAAACUCAUAAGUAACAAAGAAAGUCCAAUCUUAGGUACUGCUAGGUUGGCUUUAGCUCUUCAGUAGAAAACUUACAUUGAGGCAAAAGCACAAACAAGUAGCAAUGAAUCACAUCAGGAAACAAUUUGUAGGCUACUUCCUUUACUGGCUUAACUUAACCUCAAACCAGGAAUUCAAACGAACAAGAUUCUUCCGUCGCAGAGCCUUUAACCUUUCGACCAAAUCCUUCACUGCUCUCAAGCAAUAUUCUCUCUAAAGAAAUGCCUUUAAAAAGUAACUUCAUGGCUUCCUUAAGAACAGAGCCAAUAAUCUAAUGUUCAAGGCACUACAGAUGAUUUUCUAGCAUACUAAACAGAAUGAGAUAUAGAGGAAACUCAGGAAAGUAUCAGCUUUUAUAUAUCUUGAAAAGGCUCUUAAGAAGCACUAUGGAAUGUUUAAGAGAAAUUGGGCUUUGAAGAAGAAGGCUAAGCAGAUUAGGAUGCAAAUAGCAGUUAAGAUGAUUUAACAAAGUUUGCAAAUUUGGAAAAAAGCAUAUGCCUGCUAGGACAUUGUGAAUAAAUUUAGAAUUACCUAAAAUAAAUAAGUGCAAUAGAGAUAGUUCGAAAAGUUGAAAAAAUAUGCCAAUAAGUAAAGCAUUAGAAAGAAUAAGAUUAGGAAAGGUUUAUUUAGAUAUGUAUUCAGACUAUGCGCUCAGUCUAUAGUUGCUCUUAAGUAAAACUUAAAGAAAGUCAAAAAUUCAAGAAUCAGGAAGUCAAAAGUCUAUAGCAUUUAUUAAAGAAGAAAUUUAAAAACUCAUUUUAACCGAUUGAAGAAUCAUCACUCCAAAAUGACUGAAAAGAGAUAAAUAGCAAGGUAAAUGGGCGUUAAAGCGCGAUCUGUUUUAUUCAAUCAGGUCUUCAAUUCUCUAAGACAGUAUUCUUAGAAGAAAAUUGGCUUAAAAUUGGUCUAUAAACCCAUGCUAAACCUUAAAAACAGAAAAAUAUAGAGAGCCUGCCUACUUGCGCUCUAUAAGUACUCCUUUGAAAAAUCAAUAUAAGAGGCAAGUCUGAAGAGAUUUAAAACAUAAGCAAAUGAGAAGACAAGAGCGAAGAUCUUUGAUGCUAUGAUAAGGUUUAAGUUCUUCUAGCAGUAUUUGAAAGACCUAAAUUUCAAAUCAAAAGGACUAAUGAAGUUAAGGCUCUAUCGUAAAUCCUUCUUUGUUCUCAUAAGAAAUAAGCUUUAGUCAAGCUAUCAUAGAAGUAUAUUGAGACAAAGUAGACUAAACAUUACUAGUAAGUAUCUUUAGCAUUGGAUAACAAUAUUCAAUGAGUUAUAAUACACCAAGCCUCUUGAAAACACUGCUAGCACUUAUAUUCUUAAGAAAAUCUUCACUAAAUUCUGCUUAAAGAUUUAAGAGUCUUAAUAAAAAAGAUAGUUAAAGUAAGAGUAUGAGUAAAAAGCAUUGGAGUUCUUUGAAAGAACCAAUAAAAGCAGAGCCAUUAAGAAAAUGAUGAGGACUUUUCAAGUAUAAAAACUCCAAAGAAUGAAGAAUAACUUGUCUAGGUAGAUAUUCCUUAAGAAAAUUUUUAAUAAAUGGAGAUUUAAUCUAGUAGAGAUGAAUAAAGGCAAGACCUAGCAUCUACUUGUUCGAAAUUUCAGAGCAUUUUGGCUUCAAAAACGGGCACUUACUAAACUCGAGGAGGGUGUUUAGGUCUCACUAAGAUAAUAGGUCAGAGCAAAUCAAAUAAGAAAUUAGAAAAAUUUAAAGCUAGUCAGAAAAUGUUACUAUAGAUUGGCUUAGAAUGUUCAAACCCAAAGUUUCAUUGUAGAAACUCUCAAGGAUAAGAUGAAGGUUAUGGAUCGUAUUAUGAUGAGGCCUAAAUUCUAUUAGUGGAAAGUAUUCCUAAGUGAAUGCAGGAAAAAUGAGAAAGCCAAGUAUUUUAGAGUAGAGAGAGGCUAUAUCUAUAUUAUUAGAAAAUACUUUGAUUAAUUUAGAAUAAAUACACUUGAAAAGAAGCAGCUUAAAUUGAACUUUGAAAAGGCUCAUAGCAAAUACAAUUAGAAUCUUUAACUCAGAUACUUUGCUUACUUUAUCGAUAGAGCUAUUGAUAGACAAACAAAAAGAAAACGGUACACUAGCUUUAGUAUAAACAAAAAUCAGUAAAAGCUUUAGGAGUACUUUUAUGCUAUGAUUGCUGUGAUAAAUGAACUUAGACUGAGAAGAUUCAAUAAUAUGAAAGCAGUAGAAUGCAUUACUAGUAAUCUUAAAAAGAAGUCACUGAUCUGUUUACAAAGAAAUCACUGCCUCGGCUAGAUACAAAAAAUGAUUGAGCGAUAGAGUAACAUGAGAGUGCAGUUCAAUGUGGUACAGUCUUGGAAAAAAGGAUUUCUUCAGUCACAGUCUUUAAAUCACAUAGUCAAUACACUUUAGAACGGUCAAAAUAGACUUAUGAUGUAGUAGCUGUUCUCAAGAUUGGUUAAGCUGAGCUUCUAUUAACAAAUAUUUGAGACUCUGGAAUCUAAGAGAAUACUGAACUACUCAAGGACAUUUAUUGCCUUGCUUAAGAGGAAGGUAUGCUUCACUUAAAUUGUCUAUGGCUUUGAUAUGGCUAGAGGCCAGAUUUACAAGUAAAAUGCGUUCAGAGCUCUAGUAGAGUAUAAUUAGGAGCAGUAAAAGCGCUAGACUAUGAUGAUGAGUCAACUGAAUAUUGUGAUUGAAGAGACUAAUAAUGUACAGAUGAAGACUUGCUUCGAGUAUCUCUAGGCUAAUGCUUAUCAGGAAAGAAUGAAGAAGCAGGCACUCUCUGUCUAUAUUUACCGUUUAAAAGCAAAAGCCUUCCAAAGCUUGAUAAUCAUAGGAGAAAAACAGUUGUCGCAAUACUAUGCAACAAAUCAAAUCAAGAUGAAGCGAACUAUGAGAUACUUUUGCAGCUGGAUCUAGUCCUUCUAAAAAGCCAAAUAAGAGAAUUUAAUCAAGCAAGUCCAUGAAACCAAUACUCUGAACAAUGUAGUUUAGGGAUGGAGAGAGUAUACUUAAAAGCAAAAAGCAGCAAGAUAUUUCCAUACUAUGAAGCUAAAUCAGAAUGCAGUUCCAUUGGCAUUCGACUGUCUUAGAUUGCACAGUGUGAGAACAAAGCAAUUGAGAUAGAUUGAGCAGUCAGUAUCAAGUAAUCAUGAAUUUUGCCAAAUUAAGACUGUUCUUCUGAAUUGGAUGUAGUAUCACAAUCUCAAAAAGAUAUCAAUGAGCAUGAGAAGAUUCCACGGGUUCAAGCUUUUAAAGGUAGUCAUUGAUGAGUGGUCAGAACAUGCUAAAAAGUAAAAUGAGCGUAGAAUGUAAGUCAGAGAAAUGCAAGAAAAUUUCUAUGAUAGACCUUACCUGAUUAGGCCAUUAUUAGUCAUCAGAAAUGUUUGUAUCUUCAAAGCCUUUUAAGCCUUGAAAAUGGGCACUUAGAUUUCAAAUGAAUCAAUAGUCUAGAGAAACAACUGUCUCUACCUGUAAUACUCCCGACUCCUCAAGAAAGGUUUCUACUCUCUUAGAAUGUUUGUAAGCAAAAGGCAGCAGGACAAAAAAAUCAGAAUGCUUAGAAACUACUUUAUCACACGCAGAUGGUUCUAUAACCUCAGAAACGCUACUUACUUCAAAAGAUGCGAGGAUAAGCGCCGAAGAGAAUCUGCUAUCUUUAAAGUCCUAAAUGUCUAGAGAAAAGCCUUUAACGUGAUGCUUUAAUAUGCCAGUGAGAGGCAAUAAGAGAGGAUAAAGAUAUAGUUUGCAGAGGAAAUGUACUACAAGCGACUGGCUGAUCGAGUGCUAAUCAGUUUUAAGAUAAAUGUGCUUAAUGAGUUGCAAGCCAGAGAGUCUCAGAUCAUUAGCGGUUAAAACACUCUUUAGAAUUGUGAUCUCACAAUGGGGAUCAAUCAGUCAAGAUUUGAACAAGAUCUGAGUAACUUGCAAAUCGAAUGCACAUAAGUUCAAGAUUAUAAUGAGAAGAAGAGACUUGUGACUGAGCUUUAUUUAAAGAAACUACUGUAUAAGUGUUUCGUAUGUUGGGGUAAUCAGGCUCUCUGUGUAAGUGAAGACGAAGAGGAGAGAAGUCAUAUGGUAAGUGGCUUUAUGAGUGAGUAAAGAACUCUUAAUAACAUUUAUGAAAACUAAGAAGAAGAAGAGUAUGCCUCCGAGGACGAAGCCAACUUUAUUCAGGUCUAGAGAAGAAAAUGA